GGCUGUUCAAGCCUGUUCAUAGCACCCAUGAACUCCUCAGGUCUGAGCCGCCCGUCUUGGACUCCCGAGAUCGAAGCUGGGGUCAGAGCUUUCCGCGACGCAGUAAAGAGCUCCCACCGGCAGAUAGGCGCUGCUGCCUCUCCCACUGAGCGUGCGACGCUUCCAAGGAGCGAGAACAUUCCGGACGGUGUGGCUGUCGACGGCUUCGUCGUUGUUCCUCAUGGCGUGCACUUUGCCGGUGGUGACGCGAUAAAGACUGUGCAGCUUCCUAAGAGCGUCGUGCUUCCCCCGCAACUGCACGGCCCGCGUAUUGCUCCGGAUGCUGUACCGUGCUUCACCUACGAGCGCAAGGGACGGUCGGGGACCAAGCCAGAGGAGACGAAUGUGAUCUUCUUUGUCCAUGGAGGUGGAAACGUUGCUGGCCACCCAGCGGAUUACGGAACGCCCGGCCCGCGUUGGGUACCAGCCAUUAGCAAUUUGGCGAAGAGAUUCGAUGGUUUUGUUGUCGCACCUUCCUAUCGGCUAGCUAGCGUGCCAGAGAACACGUACCCUGCCAACCUUCAAGAUUUAUGGUUCGCAUACCAGUAUCUGCUUAACCAGGGGUACCAGCCCAAGAACAUUCGUCUUGUUGGAGAAAGCGCCGGAGGAAACAGCGUGCUCAUCAUCACCUACCUCCUUCACCUAUACGGACAAGGACUCCCUCACAGCAUCGCUGCGUUUGGCCCGGCCGCCGACCACACCUACGAGCUCUCAGACUACGCCAAAGCUCAGGCUGACGUGGACAUUCUCCCAAUUCAGGGACACAUGUCCGCCUCAGACCAAUGGCUCUUGGAGCCUGGGACAUUCCCCGACCUCCCCGACCGCUUCAUAGGCGCAGGAGCUCGGGAUAGGAAGAGCCCGCUCAUCUCGGCGAUGCAUAUACCAAUCAAGGACAUCGACGACUGGCCUAGGACACUGAUUAUCGCCGGCAACGCGGACCAGCUAAUCGACCCAUCGCGGGUUAUGCACCAUGAAGCGCCUGGAAAGGUUGAGUUGCGUGAGACUGAGGGUGGCGUGCACGGGUUUUGGCAGCUCCCAUUCUACGGGCAGGUGAAGGACAAAGCGUGGGCUGACGUGCUAGAUUUUGCGAGAUAGACAACAGCACGUAUUCAUUCGAAUCCAUCCCUGUCUCUCGUUGAUGAGUCGGUGCUGUUGAAGAUCUAAGUCACUUCCAAAGCGCACUGCAAGAACAUGUAUACCUGAUUAUAAUGUACUCAAUGCUUUAUACGCUAGAGUAAUG